AUAAAAAUACAAGAACUCAGUUGCAUAAACUGAAUUAAUUCAGGACCUUUGUACAAGCCAAGUUAAUACUAGGAUUUUCACAAAUAACAUGUAAAAUUCAUACAUCUUUCAAAUGGAAAAGACUUGGAACGGCAUCCUUUAAACGGCCAAGUGUGAGGUGAAUACCUCCCAUUAAUUAAAGCUCGCCCGGAGAGAAAAGGGGAAGAUGAAAGGUGCAGAGAUUUCGAUGAAACCCAGCAACACUAGCCAAAGCCAAUCCCAGCGCAAGACUGAAAAGCCCCCCUUCAGACCUGCAGAAGACGACACCAAGCCUCCUCUUCAAGACCCAAUACUGAGAUCAGACCCCAAUGAGACAGAGGAAGCAGUGCUGCGAUUGCCUCCUCUUCCUUCACUCAAAUGAACCCAUCAAACUCAGAUUCACCGCUGUUUUUCUUUCUCCCUUCUGUUGGGUUUGUUCGGUGUCCAUGGAUUUUGGCUUGCUACCUUAAUGGACUGUAAAAGUUUCUCUCUUCUUCCCCCACCCCCUGCCCCCUUUUAUUUUUUUUUGUUUAAUUUUAAAGGUUUGGGUUGAAAUUGCUUGACUUGGUAGCUCUGCUGGUGCUAAAACAGAGAGUGUAAUGGCAGCAGCAGCGUUCAUAGAUGCAAGGGAUUUAUGUUUCAAUCUUCCAAUUUAGGGUGAAGGUAACAAUUUGCAGUGUUAAUUAUAUCAGUGUAAAGGGAGAUUUUUAUUUGCAAUUUUUUUUUAACUAUAAUCUGGAAAUAUUUAUUCAAUUACAACAAAAAAUUAUGUAUAAGAAUCACUAUCUAUAAGUAUAAAUUUCAUCUGAUAUUUUGAUAGAUUCUA